AUGCCGGAAGGAUCAACAACAGAUUCAUCGGGCAAGCAGAAGGUUCCCUUUCACAAGCUCUUUACCUUCGCGGACCGUCGCGACGUGAUCUUGAUGACCAUCGGUACGAUCUGUGCGGUGGCCAAUGGGUUAUCACAGCCUCUCAUGACACUGAUUUUUGGGAAGCUCAUCAACACUUUUGGUUCGACUGAUCAAUCACGCAUUGUGCAUGAAGUUUCUAAGGUUGCAUUACUUUUCGUAUACCUGGCUAUUGGUUCUGGCGUUGCUUCAUGUCUCCAGGUAGCUAGUUGGAUGGUGACAGGAGAAAGACAAGCCGCAAGGAUCCGUGGAUUGUACUUGAAAACAAUAUUAAGACAGGACAUUGCCUUCUUCGACACUGAAACAACCACAGGGGAGGUCAUUGGUAGGAUGUCUGGUGAUACCAUUCUCAUUCAAGAUGCCAUGGGAGAAAAGGUUGGGAAGUUUAUGCAACUUGCUUCUACUUUUGUUGGUGGUUUUGUGGUUGCCUUUACAAGAGGAUGGCUACUUGCUCUGGUUUUGCUUUCAUGUGUUCCAUUUGUUGUCAUUGCUGGUGGGAUCGCGUCAAUGUUUGUGGCAAAAAUGUCAAGUCGUGGACAACUUGCUUAUGCAGAAGCAGGAAAUGUGGUUGAACAAACUGUUGGAGCCAUUAGAACAGUUGCGUCUUUCACUGGGGAGAAGAAAGCAGUAGAAAAGUAUAAUAGCAAGUUGAAAGUUGCCUAUAAAACAGUGGUUCAACAAGGGAUGGCCACUGGACUAGGAUUUGGAGUUGUUCUGUUCAUAAUCUUCAGCACCUAUGGACUUGCAAUGUGGUACGGAGCCAAACUGGUCCGUGAGAGGGGGUACAAUGGAGGAGCUGUCAUCACUAUAAUUAUCGCGCUUAUGACGGGUGGAAUGGCAUUGGGACAGACAUCGCCAAGUCUUAAUGCAUUUGCAGCAGGUCAAGCUGCUGCAUACAAGAUGUUUGAGACUAUUAAAAGAACACCCAAAAUUGAUGCUUAUGACACUAAUGGGGUUGUCUUGGAGGACAUCAAGGGAGAUAUUGAACUUAAAGAUGUUUACUUCAGAUACCCUGCAAGGCCAGACGUACAGGUUUUUGCUGGAUUCUCACUGUAUAUUCCAAGCGGCACGACUACUGCUUUAGUGGGUCAAAGUGGAAGCGGAAAGUCAACUGUAGUUAGUUUGUUAGAAAGAUUCUAUGACCCUGAUGCUGGUGAAGUACUUAUAGACGGUGUUAAUUUGAGGGACUUUAAACUUCGAUGGAUAAGAGAAAAGAUUGGGCUUGUUAGUCAGGAGCCGAUGUUAUUUACAGGCACCAUCAAAGAAAAUAUAGCAUAUGGUAAGGAUAAUGCAACCGACGGGGAAAUAAUUACAGCAACAAAGCUUGCCAAUGCUGCAAAAUUUAUUGACAAAAUGCCAAUGGGCCUUGAUACCAUGGUAGGGGAGCAUGGAACUCAACUUUCUGGGGGACAAAAGCAACGGAUUGCCAUUGCAAGGGCAAUUUUGAAGAACCCUAAAAUCCUUCUCCUUGAUGAAGCAACAAGCGCACUAGAUGCUGAGUCUGAACGCAUUGUUCAAGAUGCAUUGGUAAAUGUCAUGUUAAACAGGACCACCGUGGUUGUCGCUCAUCGUUUGACAACUAUUAGAAAUGCUGACGCCAUAGCAGUGGUGUAUCAAGGGAAAAUAGUGGAAAAAGGAUCUCAUGAUGAGUUAAUCCAGAAUCCUGAUGGUGCUUAUUCUCAGCUUGUUCGUCUCCAAGAAGGCGCUGAUGAAGCUGAAAGUGGAGAAAAAUCUGAAACAGAUAAGGCCACUACCGGUUAUAUAGACAAAAACAUGUCUUCCUUUGAGAACCAAAAAUCAUCGCUGAGAUCAAUUAGCAGAGGGUCGUCAGGAAGGCUAUCUUCUCACUCACUCAAUCUUGCUAUUUCUAAUGGAACUAACAUUUACCCUUCUGGAGAAGGAGGUGAUGAUCUUGGAAAAACCAAACCUGCUAAUCUCGAGCGGCAAGAGGUUUCCAUUAUGCGUUUGGCCUAUCUGAACAAACCUGAGACUCCCGUGUUAUUGCUUGGAUCUGUUGCUGCCGCAAUACAUGGCCUAGUUUUUCCUAUAUUUGGCCUCUUACUUUCAUCAGCUAUUAGAAUGUUAUAUAAAACACCAGAGCAAAUGAGGAAAGAAUCCAAGUUUUGGGCGAUUCUUUAUGUGGUUUUGGGUUUGGUUUCUUUGGUUACUCUGCCAUUACAAAAUUACUUCUUUGGAGUUGCUGGUGGAAAAUUAAUAGAACGAAUUCGUUCCUUGACAUUUGAGAAGGUCGUGCACCAAGAAAUCAGUUGGUUUGAUGAUCCUGCAAAUUCAAGUGGCGCAGUUGGUGCAAGGUUAUCUACAGAUGCUUCAACAGUGAGAAGUCUUGUUGGUGACACCUUGGCCCUCAUUGUGCAGAACAUAGCAACAAUAACAACAGGCCUCCUAAUAGCAUUUAUAGCUAAUUGGAGGCUAUCGUUAGUGAUUCUUGCUGUGUCACCUUUGAUUCUCUUGCAAGGAGUAUUUCAAAUGAGGUUUCUGAAAGGGUUUAGUGCAGAUGCUAAGCUGAUGUAUGAAGAGGCCAGUCAGGUGGCAAAUGAUGCAGUUGGUAGCAUUAGAACUGUUGCAUCAUUCUGUGCUGAGCCAAAGGUCAUGGAAAUGUAUAGGAACAAAUGUGAAGGGCCAGAAAAACAAGGCAUUCGACUAGGUCUUGUUAGUGGUGCUGGUUAUGGCUUCUCUUUCUUUGCUUUAUACUGCGCAAAUGCUCUGUGUUUCUACGUAGGAUCCAUCUUUGUAAAGCAAGGAUUAGCAAAUUUUGGACAGGUUUUCAAGGUUUUCUUUGCUUUAACAAUUACAGCAAUUGGGGUUUCCCAGACCAGUGCCUUGGCACCAGACACCAAUAAAGCCAAGGACUCCACAGCUUCAAUAUUUGAAAUUCUGGACAGUAAACCCAACAUUGACCCUAGUAGAGGCGAGGGCAUGACAUUAGGUUCUGUAAACGGUGAUAUUGAAUUCAGAAAUGUCAGCUUCAAAUACCCUACAAGGCCUGAUGUUCAGAUUUUCAGAGAUUUGAUCCUAACCAUACCUUCUGGCAAGACUGUUGCUUUGGUUGGAGAAAGCGGCAGUGGAAAAUCUACAGUUAUAAGUCUCCUACAGAGAUUUUACGACCCUGAUUCUGGACUCGUACUGUUAGAUGGAAUCGAAAUCAAGAAGUUGAGGUUAAGCUGGUUGAGGCAGCAAAUGGGUUUGGUCAGUCAAGAGCCAAUUCUUUUCAAUGAAACCAUCCGUGAAAACAUAGCUUAUGGCAAAAUAGGAGGAGCUAAUGAAGAAGAGAUAGUUGCAGCUGCUAAAGCAGCCAAUGCAUACGAGUUCAUAAGCUCACUUCCAAGUGGUUUUGACACUUUAGUUGGGGAAAGAGGCACACAAUUGUCAGGAGGCCAAAAGCAGAGGAUUGCCAUUGCAAGAGCCAUAUUGAAAAACCCAAAAAUCCUAUUGCUUGAUGAGGCAACCAGUGCAUUAGAUGCGGAAUCAGAGCGAGUGGUUCAAGAAGCUUUAGACAAUGUCAUGGUGAACAGAACCACUGUGGUGGUAGCCCAUCGUCUCUCAACAAUUAAAGGCGCUGAUGUUAUAGCAGUAGUGAAGAAUGGAGUGAUUGCUGAGAGGGGAAGUCAUGAGGCCUUGAUGAAGAUUGAAGAUGGGGUUUAUGCUUCGUUGGUAGCUCUCCAUAUGAGUGCAUCAUAA